AUGGCGCAAGCGGCGGGAGUUGCGCCAUUGAUAAGCGGCGAACAUGGUGCGACCUCGACGAAUUCCUCAGUGGACGUGAUCGCCAUCCUGCGCAAUCUCAAGCUUCGGCGCGAGUCUUGCACUUCUAUAACUGCGGCUGGGCUGGCCAGCCCAAACUACGAAAAGCUCCUGCCCCGGUCGCGUUCAAACUUGCAUGCGGAAGCCGGGAAAAGCUUUGCUUCAGGACUGCAGUCGUAUGGGACAGGCACCAUCACAUUUGACCACGAGACCAACAAUGGGGACACUAACAGCGCCGCUGCCGUCGCCGCCGCUGCAGCCGAGGUGGCGAGGGACAUCGCGGACUCCGUCGGCGGCCGGCAGUCCCCCUCAGCUCGGCUGCGCUCCCCAACAGCAACAAAGCCAGCAGCAGCAGCGGCAGCGGCGUCCGUACCAGCGGCGCUUGGGUCGGUGCUGACGACGGCAGUGAACUCUCCAAGUCGUACUGCAUCAUUGCACGGUGUUGCGGCGAAUAACGGGAGUGGUGACGGCGGCGGCGGUGGCGGAUCUCCCCCGUUGUACGACAACGGUUUAUCCAGGCUUCACAAGUCCUCAUUGGAAUACCAAAUCGCACGAUUGAGAGGCGCCCUGGAGAGCCACGUCAGCGCCGCCGCGCCAACCGUCCCAACUGCCUCAACCGCCAACGGCCAUUUUUCCAACGGCCAUGCGAACGGUCACGUCCCGGCGGCUGCAGGAGCAGCCAUGAUGAUGGAGUUUCAACGGUGGUCAGCGGCAAGCCCAGCGCCUAGCGCCGCCGGACCGUCGCACGAUAGCGGCAACGCCGGCCGUCUAUCGCCGCCGCCAACGCAGCAGAAGGCGGCUCGCCCGACGGCGCCGCCCGCUGAUGCCGACGGCAAGAGCAGUGGCGGCGGAAGCGGUGGAAGCGCUUCGAGCUCGGGGCCGCUGUCUCCCACCUCUUAUGUGGGCAGCGGCCGCGGCGGCGUCGGAAGCGGGGCAGCACCGCCGGCUGCUUCAGCUGUUCGCACCCCGCCAGGAGCUCCGUCCUCGAGUACUGGUACGACACUCGCCGCCGCCGCCGCUUCGCAGCGCGCCCAGCUCCUGGACGAGAUACAUCUGGCCCACAAGAGGGAGUUGGCGCUCGCUGAGCAACUGGGAAGGGCCAGGGCCGAGGUGUUGGAGCUCACCGCGCAGUUGGUUCGGCAGGUGGAGGCGGCGACGGCGGCCGCUGCGUUGGCGGAUGCGGAGGCGGCGGCCGCUGCGGAGCUGCGGCACCAGCUGCGGAAGGAGCGGGCUGAAGCCGGCGAGGAGGUCCGGCGCUGGAGGUCACGUGCCGCUGCGGCGGAGGAGCAGCUGCAGACCGCCCUCACGCAGCUGGCUUGCCUCCGCUCCGCUGCCGCGGCGACGGCAGCCGUCGGUACGACAACUGCUGGCGUCGCAUGGGGGCCCUCACGGCAUCACAGCGCCGGCGGCAGGAGCAGCAGUGGCGGCGACGGCGGCGGCGGCAAUAGGGGAACGGCGUCAAAGGAUGCUCCCUCGCCGAUUCAGCCCAUAACGGCGGCGGCGAUUGCCGACGCAGGGCCGUCGCCGCCGCCGUCGCAGUCCCCCGUACACUCUCCCGGAUCGCCGUCAAGUUCCCGGCGGCGCCGCUCGCUUAGAAGCUCUCCGUCGGAGCUGAGGGAAUCUGCCGCGACGGCGGUGACGACGCCGACGCCGCUGCGGCGGAGCCUCAGCUACCAGUCACUGGGGGUAGAGCUGGGGCGCGAAGCCGCUGCCGCCGCAGCCGUGUCGAAGACCCCGCGUGCGGUCUCUACUGGGGGUGCGAAGGAAAUGGGUGAUGAGUACGCAUCCGACAGCACGGACGCCACCGCCGUAGUGUCGGCGGCUGCUGUCACCGCCGGCGUCAGCGGCGACGGCGUCCCUCCGGGCUCUCCACAAAUUAUUGCAUCGUCGGUGGCUACUGCCGCCGCAGCCGCCAGUUUCUCGACGGGGCCCCAGAGCGGCCAUCGAACGGCGGCAUCCGCCGCGGUUGCCGGUAAAGCCCAGACGGCGAGGCCUCCGCGGCCGCCAGCCACGGCCGCCGCGACACAUUCGCCAUCGCAUUCUGUGGCCGUCCUUGCCGUGCCUGAUGACGGCGGGGCCUCCACUGCAGCGUCCCUGACGAGCUCGUACGGCGCAUCGUAUGGCUCUCCACCUUCUCAAGGGUGUAGUCCACAGGGGUCUAGCGCUGCUCGCGACGGGGGCAGUAGCAGUGCUGGCGGCGCGGUACGGGAGCUCCGCGGCGACUCAGAAUACGGCAACGCUGGCGUAGGCCCAAAGGCUGCGGCCGACGAUGCGGCGACGUGCACGGGCAGCGGCAGCGACGACAGCGGUGAUGGCGGCGGUGCCGCCGGCGUUGAACCCGCCGGCGGCUGGAUGACCUGGGCCGCAGCUGCCACUGCCGCCGCCGCGGCCGCCGAUGGCGGCGGUGGAAGCGCCGCUGCCACUGCCGAAGUUCCCGUCUCCUAUUCCGUCCCGAUCCCUAGCGGCCAGGAGCAAUCUGUACAGCUCGACAGCCCUGCCGCGGCGCGUCCCUCUCGCCUUGAGCCGUCGGCGUCGGCAUGCAGGGCCGUACCGGGUGUCCACGUCACCGGCGCCAGAGCCUCAGCGGCCGUGGUGGGGGGGGCGGCGGCUGCGGCGGCCAGGGGCUUGCCAGUGGGCAUGGCUGCGUUGACGGCGGUGCCGGAAGGCGCCGAUGGCACCGCCGUAUUGCAGUCAGAGGUCGCGCCUGCCGUACCGCUUGCGGAGGCGGCGUCAUUCCGAGGGUCUGUCGUCUCUAAGGGCGACGCGGCAGCGACGGCACUGCUGGUGUCGGAGGUGGAGCGCCUUAAGCAGGCCGGCAAUCGGGCCUAUCGCAGCGAUCAGUUCCCCCUGGCCCGCCACUGCUAUACAUGCGCCCUCGAGCUGCUGCUCCCGCCAGCAAACACCGGGGGGUCCGCUGGCAGCAGCAGUGGUGGCGGCGCGGCGCCGGCCAGGGGGGCGGCGGCGGUGGCAGCUGGCGCUGUGAGCAGCAACGGGGGCAGUGCGGAGCAUCCCACCCCAGCGGCCGUAGCGGCAGCGCGCGACCGUGCCGCCGCCGCCGCUGCCGCCGCCGCCGCCGCUGGGCGUGGGGUCGGGUUCCCUGGCGAGCGGCGCAUGAUAGCGGCGCUGUACUGCAGCCGUGCGGCGGCGCAUGUGGCCAUGCGGCUGUACACGGAUGCAGUGGCGGAUUGCUGUGCGGCAAACGCCCACGACGAGUCGUACGCCAAACCGUGGAAGUGCCGAGCCGAGGCUCUCGCGUCUGUGAACGCUUUUGGAACUGCCGCUGUUGCCCUGGAGCAAUGCAUACAGCUGGUCACCGAAGCAGCGGCGGCGGCGGCAGCUGCCGCCGCCGCCGCCGCCAGUGCACCCCAGCCCAAAGGCGACGGCGGUGCAGCUGACAGCGAUAUCGCUGCCUGCGCCACCGCUGGCGGCGGCGGCGGCCGCGAUCACCUUGUGGAGAAUAGCGACGUGGACCCCCGGGAACUUCCCCUGCUACGCCACAUCCUGCAACGGCUUCAGGAGCUAGCGCGCGCAGCUGCAGCACCGCCGCCGGCCGCCGCUGUUGCCCUGUUGGCCGCGGUCAAGGGUGCCCAUUCGGCGGCGGCGCCGCCGCCAGUCGACUACUACGCCGUCCUCGGCGUGCCGUACCACGCAUCGGCUGUGGAUGUACGGGCGGCGUACCGCCGGCUGGCGCUGCGGUAUCACCCGGACAAGGCUGCGGCAGUGGCUGCGGCGCCAGGGGCUGGGGCGGCGAUGCCAGCGGCGGGGGCGGCGACGGCGUUGUCGUCGCCAAUGCGGGCGGCAGUGGUGGUUGCGGCCAAUACAGUGUUUCCAAUGGUGGCGGAGGCGUAUGCGGUGUUGUCGGACAGUGCCAGUCGCCGUGCAUAUGAUCUGCGACGUGCUCGUGUUGCCCUCAGCACCAGACGCCAGGGCGCUAAUUGA